AAUUUGAUCUCAAAUUCGUUCACCGGCUUUUUAACAAAAUCGCUGUCCACUGAGAAGUAUUUUCAAGGGUCACUCCGUUGUUAUACGUUGUGAAAGACUGUGGUAGCUGCAAUAUCUCGUUAUAUAAAAUACAAGCAUUGAAUUACAGCUUUGAUUUGAAACCGAGCGCUGAGCGGCCUGACAGUUUUUCUAUCGCAAGUGAAAUCUUUCGUCAUGGCACUGAAGUUUGUGCCGAUUGCGUUAGGUGUGCUGCAAAUUGUUGCAGCAUUACCGGCGAUAACAUUGCAGGAUUUGGAACUGGCUGAUGAUACGAUGUCAGUCGGUUCGUACAUUCGGGAAGUGAGAGCUGCUGCGCCACAAGACUACCACAAAUCUUACGAGCGCGAUGGCGAUGGUGAAAUCGGCUACUCCAGAAAGAAGUCGGGGGGUGGUAAGAAGGGAUACCAGCACUUCGAUUCAUACCACAAGAAGGCCGGCGACAACUACGAGUUUGAGAAGCAGGACUCUUUCGGCCACGACGACGAGGGCCAAGACGGGGCCUACAGCCACCAUCACGAGCAAAAAGCUAAGUUGAAGAAACGUCCCAAGGAUGUUGAGGAACUGGAAUACGUCGGCGAGGGUCAACCAGAAAAAGAGCACGAAGACCUAACGGAAAACGCUCCAGACGGUAACGGUGGAACCGAGGCACAAGGACAUGACCCCAAAGACUACGUCUUGCCUGAGAAAUACACUUACGGCGAAGGGGACGAAUACAACUUCUAAUUUGUCUAGCUAGAUAUUUUUUAAAUCUUUAGACUGAUAGAUGAUAAUUUGAAGUAAACAUAAGAAAUACGAUAAUAAAAUAGUUGUUAAAAAAUG